ACUACUACUACUACUACUGAUACUACAACUACUUCUACUACUACUACUUCUACUACUACUACUACUACUACUACUACUUUUAUUACUUCUUCUUUGACAACUUCUACUACUACUACUACUUCCACUUCUACAUCACAUCCAACUACAUCUUUCAAAGAUUUUACCACAAAUCUUAAAAUAAGGUCAACAACCAAAAGUACAUCUUCCCAGAAGCUGCUGACUUCUUCCUCGCCAUUGUCUACUCCAGUCACAUCAAAAUCAACUAUUUCGCUAACUUUAAUGUCCAGCUCUAAAUCUACAAGAAUGGAAUCUUUCAAACAAAAAACAGCAAUAUUAGCAUCAACAUCCUCUUUGAAACCAUCACCAACAUCUGAAACUGCAUCAACAAAAUCUGAAGAGGAAACAACAAUUGGGUCAAAAUUAUCUGAUAAUUCUCCUUUGCCAGGUGAAUCUUCAAACAAUCCCAUUAAUAGUUCUUUCACCAAGACAAUUGUUACAAAUUUACCAAUUCACUCAAACAUUUCUCAGUCACUAACACCAACAACUGGUAAACAAACAGAUAACCUUGAAUCCAAAGUCAAUUUGACCGUAUCAAGUUACACAACUGAAGCAGCUACCCAACUGCCUCAUGUUGAUAGUUUCGCAACAUCCUCAACCUGGACUACCAGGCAAAUCAAUUUUAUACCAAAUUCUGAUAAGGCAUCAAAAAAUACUUCAGGAGAAGGAAUAUCUAAGAAGCGUGGGAACCUACUUGAAUCAGAAGAUAAAACCAACAUAGAUCUAACAGAUUCAAUCAAAUCUUUAAAACAUUUAAUAUCUGAAGUAAUUUCAAAAUCAACAAGGGACAAGUUCACCCAUAAACCCUAUCAAAAUUUAGAAUGGAAGGAAAGAAGGACUCAUUUAAGAAAUGAUAUUCCACAACCAUUUUAUGAACCUGAUUCAAGCUCAUAUUUCCAUGAGCCAACAUAUGAACCAAGCAGUGUCCAUCACUUUACAAAAUCUAGCAUGGGACAGACACCAGAACUUUCCGCAGGAAGUUGGAAAGACAGAACUGAACAUAUACCAGAGCAUAGGCAGCAUGAUAUAUACCUGAAAGGACACUUGGCAUCUAUUGAGAAAAGAGAGGUAAAUAAUGAAGAACUUGCCACUACAGAUUACGAUAUCGAAAGCUUUGGUUAUGCUUCAUUUAUAAUUGGGGGCUGUAGCUCACAACAUAAAGCCAUUUUAAGUGUUGAAGCAUAUAAUUCUGAUUCUAAAAUAGUUGUUCCUGACACACCUUUCCUUGGGUGUGGACCUCCAGUAGGUGCUAUAUACAAGAAGGCCUUGGUUGUGUGUGCUAAUUCAGUUUCCAACAUUCUAAACUCUUGCUACCACUACAAGGCAGGGUUUGCUACUUGGAAAACGUUCCCGAGCAUGUUGGUAAGUCGUAAGGACUUCACCUUCAGUGUGACAGAUGAUUCUAUUGUUGCAAUUGGUGGACAAACAGCUGGACCUGAUCUGGAAAUAUUCAGGAAUGGUGGGUGGGAGCAAGGUCCUAAUAUGAGAUCUAAUGGAAGUAGGAAAAAGCAUUGCUCUGUCAGCAUCGGUCACAAUCUGAUUAUCAUUGGAGGACAAAUUUCUGGUAUGCCAUCAAAAGAAGUUGAGAUGCUAAACAUUAAAAACACAGAGAGCAUAUCUAGCUCACUGCCAAGCUUGCCAAAAGAGACAUUUGCUCAUGCAUGCUCAAGUUUGAAUAUUGGUGGAACAACUGUUGUUGUUGUAGCAGGAGGAUUAGAUAUUGAUUAUAAUCUACUUGACACUGUUCAUUUCCUGAAUUUUCAAGCAAAUGACCAAAUAUGGAAACCUUUAGCUCCAAUGAAGAUUAAGAGGCAUAAUUUUGGUCUUGGACUGCUUGACUCUCAACUUGCCGCUUUCGGGGGUGGUGGGGUUGAAACAUCAACAGAAAUAACAAGAAUAGAAGUUUGGCAGCCAACAAAUAAUACCUGGAACUUCAAACCUCACAACAGUCCCAAUCUUGAUCGGAACAAUUUUGCUUUUGUAUCAGCCUCCCAGAAUUGAUAAAUAGCAAUAAAUAUAAACUUGACUUAAACUUA